AUGGCAUCUUCAAAGGGGUCCACGUCGAAAAGUCCCAGGAACUCUGCUGGUUUGAAACCGCUUUUGAAGCAUACAAAUACGGGUUACGCUGGUUUGAGACCACCCUUGAAGCAUUCCAUUCAGGUCUCUUUCUCAAAACAGCCCGAUGAAGCGAUCCUUGCUAGGAAUAGAUCCCGUGGAGACAGUGGAUCUCCACACAGUAGUGAGGAAGAUCAACUUAUUCCCUCUUUUGAGGUGAAUCAUCUAGGCUUCAGGGUCACAACCGGUAUUGCUCCAGAAGGUGAGAGUGGCCGAAGAGGAUUGAGCCCGAUCAAAUGCAUUCAACUAUGCUGGAAAUCCUCAAGUGGUGCCUCUCAGGCUGUCAACUUUCUCUGGCCCAUUGUCCCUAUUGCGAUCGUUAUUACAUACGCUCGGGAAGAAUGGCAUACAGUCAUCUUCAUCCUCAACUAUCUGUCCAUGAUACCUUGUGCAAACCUUAUUGGUUUUGCUGGUCAAGAAUUAUCUCGCAAAUUGGACAAAGUGUUUGGCAUUCUCUUGGAGACCACCCUCGGAUCCGUCGUCGAGAUUGUGAUGUUCAUGGUACUUCUCUCCAGACACCAAUUCCAGGUCAUGCAAGCCGCCAUCAUGGGCUCUAUAUUGGCCACUCAGUUGUUAUGUUUGGGAAUGUGCUUCUUCGUAGGAGGAUUGACACAUGAUGAACAAGAGUUUGAUGAAGAAAUCAGUGAAGUUGGGAGUGAUCUACUUUUGCAAGCUGGACUUGGUCUUAUUGUGCCUGCAGCUUUCAACAUGGCCGUCAAAAGCGCCAAUUCCGAGCAUGAUCCUCUUGUACUCGCGGAUUCCGUCCUACACAUUUCACGAAUGACCUCUAUCCUGCUCAUGAUUUCGUAUGCAUUAUACGUAUACUUUCAAAUGCGUUCCCAUCAAUCUAUAUACGAUGCUAUCUUUGAGGCCGACGAGCAGAAACAAGAGGACUAUGAAGAGGAUCUUCUAAAAGAAAAGUUGACAUUCACCGAAUGCGUGGUGGCACUGGCAGUUGCAAUUAGCAUGGUUACCUUCACCGCCAUCAGACUUGUGGAAAGUAUCGACUUCAUCGUUGACGAAGACGGCAUUUCUGAUAGCUUUGUUGGUCUGAUCUUGGUUCCGCUAGUGGAGAAGUUCGCUGAACAUUUGACGGCCAUUGAUGAAGCCCACGAUAAUUCAAUGAAUCUGGCCCUCUCACAUGUCUUGGGUGCUACUAUUCAAACCGCUUUAUUCAACGCCCCUCUUGUUGUCAUAGUUGGUUGGAUUGUUGAUAUCCCAAUGGAUUUGAACUUUGAUCUCUUCAAUAUUGUCAUCUUGAUUCUGUCGAUUCUGGUGGUCGGGAACUUCUUGAAAGAUUGCAGGUCCAACUACUUAGAAGGUGCCCUUUGUGUACUCGUGUACAUCAAUAUCGCCGUGGCAGCUUUCUAUUAUCCAAACCCACCAAAGGUGAUUCCGCCACUACACAGUUGUGCUUCAUACCACACCUCAAACCAUUUGAAACAAUACACAUCACUCAUCACUACCACAGCCCAACCAAGGAAAAAAGACAAAACUACCAACGAAAAUGCCGUAGAAAAACCACUGGAAUUAGGAAAUCAAACCACACAGAUUCCGAAUCCGAAAUUUCGAUAUGGAAGGAGGCAGACACAUCGCCUGCGCAUGCCUCACUCGUUGUCGAAAGUUCGAAAAGAAAGGAAGGCAGGCAGCCACAUUGGGUGGGUUGCUUCAUCCGCUUUGAAACCUUGGAUAUUGGAGGAACAGGCAGAAACUACAUGCCCUACUACAUCCGUCGUUGAAGGAGGGCAGAAGACACAGCCACCAUGA